CAUUAUUUUGUCAUCAGUCGUCUUUCAAAAAACAGUACAUUUAAAGAAUAAUCUUUCACUGAAUUUUAUAAGAUAGAAUUUUUCAAACAUGAACGCUGAUAUUACUAUUGAAGUACCAGAAACUGAUAAUGAAGCAGAAGAGGAAGAAGAAGAAAAAUCUGUUUGUGCACGACUAAUCCUAACAAAGGAACAGAAGAAUGACUUGCACGAGGCUUUCAAUCUUCUUGAUUAUAAUGGAGAAGGAAAAAUAAAAGCUGAAGAUUUUCGAGUUGCAAUAAAAGCACUAGGCUAUGAACCAACGAAAGAGGAAUUACAGAACAUGAUCAACGGUGUGGACAAGGGGCAGACGGGCAAACUGAGCUAUGAGAACUUUGAGACCGCCAUCAUGAGGAAGAUUAUGUCUGUUGACAGCGAUGGUGACAUCAUGAAGAGUUUCCGACUCUUCGAUAUGGAUGAUACUGGUUUCAUAAGUUUUGAAAACGUGAAACGCGUCACGCAAGUUCUUGGAAUAUAUUUAACAGACGAAGAAAUUCAGGAGAUGAUUGAUGAUGCUGAUAAGGAUUAUGAUGAAUAUAUAUCAGUUGAAGAAUUCAUGAAAAUGAUUAAAAACUCUGUAAAUAUUGUUACUCCAUAAAGGACAUUGUAAAAUUCAUUUGUGGUUGUUCAAUGUUCACGAAAUUU